UUAGAUAUUUUGAUUUCUGCUAAAGCUGUCUGAUAAAAAGAGUAAGAGAGAAGAAACCAAUCACUAGAGAAAACUCGAAAAAGCUACACACAAGAACAAGAAGAAGAAGAACACUAAACACGAAAGCGAUUUAUAUACUCAAAGGAAUAGACUUUGGUUUUCAAAUUUCGUCCCCAAUAGAUUGUGUUGUUUCUGGGAAGGAGAUGGCAGUUUAUGAUCAGAGUGGAGAUAUAAACAGAACCCAACUUGAUACAUCGAGGAAAAGGAAAUCUAGAAGUAGAGCUGAUGGUACUACUGUGGCUGAGAGGUUGAAGAGAUGGAAAGAGUACAAUGAGAAUGUUGAAGAAGUUUCUACCAAGAAAAGGAAAGUACCUGCAAAAGGGUCGAAGAAGGGUUGUAUGAAAGGUAAAGGAGGACCAGAGAAUAGUCGAUGUAGUUUCAGAGGAGUUAGGCAAAGGAUUUGGGGUAAAUGGGUUGCUGAGAUCAGAGAGCCUAAUCGAGGUAGUAGGCUUUGGCUGGGUACUUUCCCUACUGCUGAAGAAGCUGCUUCUGCUUAUGAUGAGGCUGCUAAAGCUAUGUAUGGUCCUUUGGCUCGUCUUAAUUUCCCUCGGUCUGAUGCGUCUGAGGUUACGAGUACCUCGAGUCAGUCUGAGGUGUGUACUGUUGAGACUCCUGGUUGUGUUCAUGUGAAAACAGAGGAUGCAGAUUGUGAAUCUAAACCCUUCUUCGGUGAAGUUAAGCCGAUGUAUUGUCUGGAGAAUGAUGCGGAAGAGAUGAAGAGAGAUGUUAAGGCAGAUAAGGAUUGGUUGAGUGAGUUUGAACAUAACUAUUGGAGUGAUGUCCUGAAAGAGAAAGAGAAGCAGAAGGAGCAAGAGAUUGUAGAAACCUGUCAGCAACAACAGCAGGAUUCGCUAUCUGUUGCAGACUAUGGUUGGCCCAAUGAUGUGGAUCAGAGUCACUUGGAUUCUUCAGACAUGUUUGAUGUCGAUGAGCUUCUACGUGACCUAAAUGGCGACGAUGUGUUUGCAGGCUUAAAUCAGGACCAGUACCCGGGGAACAAUGUUGCCAACGGUUCAUACAGGCCCGAGAGUCAACAAAGUGGUGUUGAUCCGCUACAAAGCCUCAACUACGGAAUACCUCCGUUUCAGCUCGAGGGAAAGGAUGGUAAUGGAUUCUUCGACGACUUGAGUUACUUGGAUCUGGAGAACUAAACAAAACGAUAUGAAGCUUUUUGGAUUUGAUAUUUGCCUUAAUCCCACAAUGACUGUUGAUUCUCUAUCCGAGUUUUAGUGAUAUAGAGAACUACAGAACACGUUUUUCUUGUAAUAAAGGUGAACUGUAUAU